AUGUCUGACGACGGUUCAACGGCAGUGGAAAAAAAAGGACGCGGCAGACCCAAAGCGAAUGGAACACAAGCGGAAGCCAAAGGAGAUGCCAAAAAAAGAGGCAGACCCCCUGUAGCUCCAGCCAAAUCAAAAGAAUCGAAAAAUUCUUCAGAUGAUGAACAGGCGCCAGUAGCCAAAAGGGGUAGAGGUAGACCGAAAGGUUCAAAGAAAAAGGCAGCUGCUCCUAAAGCUAAGGGUGGAUCUGGUGAAGGCCGUGGUCGUGGUAGGCCACGCAAGGACGCUCCACCACCUAAAAAGGAUGCCGGCUCAACCGAAGAAGAGCAAGAAGAUGAGGAAGAAGAAGAAGGUUCUGACCAGUAA